AUGGCUAUCCUCGAAGGAGUGCCCGGUGUGGAGGUGUGCAUUCUAGUCGAUGGCAACGCACUGCCUAAGUACCACGAUGAGGAUGAAACUGCAGAACAUGCUAUCAAGCUGGUAUCGAACUUCGUCGAGGCAAUCUCGGACAAGACCACAUUCCCAGAUUUCAUCUCGAACAACAAGGUUGUGAAGAAGUUAGCUCAUGUUUUGGACGGGGCUUUUUUUGCUUCGCCGGAAGAUGACACGCAACAGUUGCUCAAGAAAUUCAAAUUCCGCCCGAUAGUUGCCAAUGAUACAGCUGCUAGGGACAUUAAGAAAGAUGCAGAUGCUAUGAAACAAGCAGGUGAAAUUGUUGUUCAAUUCUUUCGAGCUGGUACACCCACUCUAGCGACUCCUGAGAAAAGCACUCCAUUGGGUGAUGGUCUUCAGAUGAACCAGGCCGAAAUUCAUGAAAAGGCUUUGAAAGGGGAAGCAAAGAGUCACACAACAUACUUUGGGGAUGCUGUCGAGACUCGAUCGAAAAUUUAUCAUUGGGUCAGGCUUCUCGAUGGAAAAGACAAGCCUAUCGCCACUUUCAAACUCAAAUAUCGUUCUGCUGAUGCUCUGAAGAGUCUCCUCAUCAUUCGUGCGCCAUCUCCAAAGGCAGAACCAAUUGACAGUUCUCUUUCGGCUUCUCCUCCACCAACUGAUAUGAAUGAUCCCGAGACGAUGCGACAGUUCCGCGAGUUCCUAAGAACUAAAAAUCGUGGCGGAAAUUCAGGUGUAAAGACCGAGUCCAAAGUCAAGACUGAGACUAAAAUCAAAUCGGAGUUCGGUGUCAAGAGAGAGGGCACGCAGAGCGGAUCUCGUAGAAAUGCUCCAAUCGACUUGACUGAAGAAGAUAGCCCGGCUGAGCGCAAGCGAGACAGAAGCCAUCGAGUCAACCGAGCUGUCAAUCUUACACCGAACCCCUCGACAAGAAUCAUUGAGCCAAGACAAAAGAAGACUGAAGUUGCUGGUAAAUCAGCCAAGAGACAGAAGACUCAAGCACGAGACCUGAGGGCUUUUGUUGAGGAUUGUGACGACUCUGAGUAG